AUAGCUCCGCGAACGGACUAUCGCUGUGAGGAGCUUGGUUUAGUCGGACGUAGGGGAAGUAACUCUCAUGACAAUCUCUGUCAGCAUGGCUGCAAGUUGUUCGAGGUUUGCGGUACUGCAUUCACUUUUUCGAAGAAACCGGCUUCAAGGUUUUCAUUGUCUGAAACGUUGGGCGAGCAGCUCCGAGGCAGGCCAGUCAUUGAAGCAAUGGCAGCUGAUGAGUGCCGUGUGUGUGGAGCGACCCCCAGUCAUUACACAACACAAGACCAAGAUGGAGGAAAAGUUUGGGGAGCUUCUCAACAAGAUGGAGUUUGAGAACAGUCUCUUGUCAAGUCAUGAGUUGCGACACAGGAACGAUGUGUUGCGAGAAGCACGACGCAAGGAGGAUGACUUUGAAGAGACGGAGGUCGAGGCGGUCACACAGACAGCUCUUGACCUGGAGGACAUGUGGGAGAUGGAAGCUAAACAGUUCACUCCAGCCGACCGAGUCACCGAUGCAGACAAGUCUGGAGACAAGAAGUCCACUGACAGGAAGUUGGCCGAGAAGCUGGUUCUUCUGGUGAAGCAGAAAGUCGGGGACAAGCCGCUGUGGGUAUUCCCCCAGGGAAGGUGGUCGGAGGGGGAGUCUAUGAGAGAGACUGCGGAGAGAGUCCUGGGUGUCCAUUGUGGGGAGGAGUUAUCUGCCCAGUUUGUCGGGAACGCCCCCUGUGGUGUACACACGUACGUCUUCAGGUCAAGCCCUGAGACAGACACGGGAGUAAAGCUGUUUUUCUUCAAGGCUGCGUACAAGACAGGUGGUGUAAGGGUAGAUCAGGGCAAUGCUGAAGACUUUCUGUGGGUGACAAAGAGGGAACUGAAGGACUACUUGCACCCAUCAUAUUACAGCAGUGUUAAGUCUUUCAUACUUGAGAUAUGAAUGUGUGUUAGCUGUAUGUGUGUGUGUGUGUGUCAUCUACCUGGUGGUCACACAUUAGGUUUAACAGUAUAUAUGGUUCUCAACUUCUCAGACAUGAGACUCAAGGUGAAGGAUCCCACUUCUGAUCGGAAUCAAACAAGGAACAUUCUGUCACACCGGAAGAUCACUCUUUCAACUCUUGGUUUACAAAAAAAAAAUUCAAAAAGAAUUAAGAGCAACAAACAAAUUUGAAACAUGUUUAAGUAUUUGUUUGCCGAGUGAAAUAAAAAAAGUACUGAAAAUGAUGAUUUUACCUAAUGACUAGUCAAAGUCUUAUCAGUGCUUCCAUAUUUUAUAAUCUAUUUAAUUAGCAAAAUUGAGGGAAAUUAAAAUUUCUUUCCUUCUCAAUAUCUUUAAGAUCAGAUCUUUUACUCUGAUGAAGUAACUUUCUCCAUAGAAGGUUGUGUCAGGUGAACACUUAAUGACCUUGACCCCCCUGGCUAAAAUGAAAGCAGUGUGGGCUCUUGAGAGAAUCAGAUGUCAGCUUUCUAUGAUGAUGAGGUUCAUUUCAUGGUCAUCUCAGUUCAGAUAUUUCAACAAGUAACCCAUGUUGGACACAAAUGCUUGUCCUCCCUUUAUGGUGUAGAAGCCAGGCCGCUCAGAGACGACAGGGUGUAUGACAUAUCCACAACAUAAUGGGACGUCCUUUGUUAUGUACAUUUGGGUAAGUUCGUUAUAUAGAUACUGAAAUUAGAUAUGUUGGUCUGAAUUUAGCAGUCUCGGCGCUCACUGGCUGAUCAGAACAACUGAACCGACAUCAAGUUGAGGUGUCCUCAGAUUUGAUUUUUAUGAGAUUAUUUCCUUGCGAAACAAUGGGGUCAAUGGAUCGGUAAACAAGCAAUUAAGAAGAACCCUAUUUAAUCUUAGCAUGAUAAGAGAGAGUUAGAGAGAGAGAAUGAAGACUCCGAACAUUUUUUAUUGGUUCCUCUCUGUGUGUCAUCAUGAUUUAACUGUGAACAUUGGCAUUUGUGUUGUACUGUAAAUAAAGAAUACAACAAUA